GGUGGCCGGGCCCCCCGGCGCCGCUAACUGCACUAGGCAUUCAGAAAACCGCAAGUCCAGGCCCCAUCUCCUUCAUCAUCUAUCGUCCCAGUCCGCUCCAGCCCCCAGCGUAGGAACUGGCUUUUCCAGAGCCCCUGCUCCCAGAAGUCCAGCCCCCUCAGACCCUCUCGACCUAGGUGACUCAGCCCCAGACCCUUCCCACCUGAACAGGACCCACCAGGCAGCAAGGCACCUACAGCCAAGAAUCUGGGCCCCCUGCAUCCUCUGGAUCCAUAUGAGGCCUCCCGCAAGGCUCCUAGGACCCAGAAGUCUAGGCCUCCAGCCAUCGCCCCCCAACCCAGGAUGUAGCUCUCCAUCCCUCAAGGACUUGGUGUCCAGGCCUGCGGGGCGCUGAAGCCAGGCCUUGUGGUCUUUGCACCCGAGAAUGCGAGCAUGAGCUAGGGAUGGAGGGAGGAGGGGCCAGAACGCCUGGGUUCUGACCUCCUCCCCCGCCAUUCACGUUUAACCCUUUCAGCUCUAGUGCGGCUGAGCUGGGGUGAGGGCGGAGCCUGUCUCCGCGGCAACAAGGCCGCGAGAAUCCCGGGGGACCCGGGUCGCCAUAGCAACGGCAGAGCUGGGGCGCCCCCGCCCUGUGGGAGCUGUUUCCCGGGGAACCGAACGUCUAUGGAGGCGGCCCCAGGGUCUGCUCAGGUGGCUGGACUAUGCGGGCGGCCAACCCUUCACCGGGACCUGCGUACCGGCCGCUGGGAACCAGACCCACAGCUCUCACGACGCUGUCUCCGGGACCCGCAACGCGUGCUGGAGUACUGCAGACAGAUGUACCCGGAGCUGCAGAUUGCGCGUGUGGAACAGGCGACACAGGCCAUCCCCAUGGAGCAGUGGUGCGGGGAUGCCCGAGGUGGCCGCUGUGCCCACCCCCACCACCAGGUUGUGCCUUUCCGCUGCCUGGAGGGUGAAUUUGUGAGCGAGGCCCUGCUGGUGCCUGAAGGCUGCCGGUUCCUGCACCAGGAGCGCAUGGACCAGUGCGAGAGUUCAACCCGGAGGCGUCAGGAGGCACAGGAGGCCUGCAGCUCCCAGGGCCUCAUCCUGCAUGGCUCGGGCAUGCUUUUGCCCUGUGGCGCGGAUCGGUUCCGAGGUGUGGAGUAUGUGUGCUGCCCCCCUCCAGUGACCCCCAACCCGUCUGGGACAGCAGUUGGGGAUCCUUCCACUCGGUCGUGGCCCCCCGGGGGCAGAGUUGAGGGGGGUGAGGAUGAGGAAGAGGAGGAAUCCUUCCUACAGCCAGUAGAUGAUUACUUUGUGGAGCCCCCACGGGCUGAGGAGGAAGAAGAGGAGGAAAGAGUCCCACCCUCAAGCUCCCAUCCCCCUGCAGGGGUCAGCAAAGUGACUCCCACCCCAAGGCCCACGGAUGGUGUGGACGUGUACUUUGGCAUGCCUGGAGAAAUCAGCGAGCAUGAGGGGUUCCUGCGGGCCAAGAUGGAUCUGGAGGAGCGCAGGAUGCGUCAGAUUAACGAGGUGAUGCGUGAAUGGGCCAUGGCGGACAACCAGUCCAAGAACCUGCCUAAAGCCGACAGACAGGCCCUGAAUGAGCACUUCCAGUCCAUUCUGCAGACCCUGGAGGAGCAGGUGUCUGGUGAGCGACAGCGCCUGGUGGAGACCCAUGCCACCCGAGUCACUGCCCUUAUCAACGACCAGCGCCGGGCUGCCUUGGAAGGUUUCCUGGCGGCACUGCAGGAGGAUCCGCCUCAGCCAGAGCGUGUCCUGCUGGCCCUGCGGCGCUACCUGCGAGCAGAACGGAAGGAGCAAAGGCACACGCUGAGGCACUACCAGCACGUGGCUGCCGUGGACCCCGAGAAGGCCCAGCAGACGCGCCUCCAGGUGCAGACUCACCUUCAAGUAAUCGAGGAAAGGAUGAAUCAGAGCCUGGGGCUGCUUGACCAGCACCCCCGCCUGGCUCAGGAGCUGCGGCCCCAGAUCCAGGAACUCCUCCACUCUGAACACCUGGGCCCCAGUGAAUUGGAAGUCCCUGCCCCGGGGGGCAGCAAUGAGGACAAGGGUGGGCUGCAGCCCCUGGAUUCCAAGGAUGCAGACACCCCCAUGGCCCUUCCAAAAGGGUCCACAGAACAAGAUGCUGCAUCCUCUGAGAAAGAGAAGAUGUCCCCCCUGGAGCAGUAUGAACGAAAGGUGAAUGUGUCUGUUCCAAGGGGUUUUCCUUUCCACUCAUCGGAGAUUCAGAGAGAUGAGCUGGCACCAGCUGGAACAGGCAUGUCCCGAGAGGCUGUGUCUGGUCUGCUGAUCGUGGGAGCAGGUGGUGGCUCCCUGAUCAUCCUCUCCAUGCUGCUCUUGCGCAGGAAGAAACCCUACGGGGCUAUCAGCCAUGGAGUGGUGGAGGUGGACCCCAUGCUGACCCUGGAGGAGCAGCAGCUGCGUGAACUGCAGCGUCACGGCUAUGAGAACCCCACCUACCGCUUCCUGGAGGAACGACCCUGAACCAGCCCCCUUCACCCCUUUGGCUGAGCCCAGACCUUCCCUCUUCCUGGAGCCCCAGAACCCCAACUCCCAGCCUGGGAGAGGGGUCUUGAAAAAGUUCAUUUCACACCCUUUGUGAGGGGGCUGGAAAUUCUUAUUUCCCCUGUCCAAUUCCAAAUUUAAUCCCUAAGAAAUCCCCAGGUAUUCCCAGCUGCCUCCCCACUUGGGACCUCCUCACUUUAAUUUAUUUUGUACAUUUAUGUAUUGUUCGUUAAGGUGACCACCAGUUGGUCCCACUGUCUGUUGUUCCCUGGAAUUCACCCUCCCACGUGUCCCCCACUAAUAUCCCAAUAAAGUCCUCUUCCCCACCAGGC